AUGUAUGAAGAAAUCAUCUAUGGGCCUGAGGACGCGGUGCCAUUGGCCUCCAAUAAUCAUGAGGCCAUCGUGAUAGAGGUCGUAACAUGCAACUAUAAAGCGAAGAAGGUGUACAUAGACAACGGGAGCGCCAUUGACGUGUUAUAUUACAAGACCUUUAAAGAACUGCAACUGGAAGACAAGCAGCUCAUUCCUGUCCAAACUCCCCUAAUUGGUUUCGCAGGUCCAUCGGUAAGACCUGAGGGAAUGAUAACUCCCAUGGUCAAGGUGGGGGUGUCGCCAAAAUGCCGAACUGUCCCAGUGAACUUUGUAGUGGUGAAGGAGCCCUCGUUGUAUAAUAUGAUUCUGGGGCGGCCUACUCUGAAUGCACUCCGAGCCGUCUGCUCGACGCUGCACCUUAGCAUGAAAUUCCCCAUGCUUGCCGGAGUUGCGGAGAUGCUGGGAGAUCCAGAAGUAACUCAGGCCUGCUACAACGCCACUCUCAAAGGUAAGGAAAAGCUGGUGGCUCAAACGACCUGCCUGGAGCCUUGGGAGCCAGUGGGGAAAGUGGAGAGACUGGAGAAAGAUGAGGGGUUGAUCGAGCUGCCGGUCAGCAGAGGACAACCAGAUCGCGCGGUCAAGACGGGCUCCUGCCUGAGCGAGCUGACCAGGAGAGCACUAGAGUCCCUUCUGGAAGAAUACGCGGAAAUUUUCGAGUGGAGUGCGGAUGACAUGCCCGGGAUCCCGACCGAACUGGCAGUUCACAAGCUUCAUAUGGACCCCAAUAUCCGACAUGUGAAACAGAAGAAGUGGAACUUUGCGCCUGAAAGGAAUGAGGUCGUCAGGGAUGAGGUCGAAAAGUUGUUAGAGGCGAAAAUCGUGAAGGAGGUCUUUUAUUCGACCUGGCUGGCCAACCCUGUGCUGGUAAAAAAAGACGAUAAGGCCUGGAGGAUAUGCGUAGACUUCGCCGACCUGAACAAAGCUUGCCCGAAGGACUCCUACCCUCUCCCCCGAAUCGACCUACUUGUGGACUCCACCACGGGAUACGAGAUCUUCUGUUUCUUGGAUGCUUUCAAAGGGUAUUACCAGAUAGCCAUGGACGAGGAGGACCAGGAGAAGACCUCUUUCGUCACUGAAUACGGCACCUAUUGUUAG